AUGUAAUAAUAAUAACAAAGAAAUUCACUUGUUUAAGAACUGCUUAAAUCUAUUAAUUAAGUAUGCAUUCUAAAUUAUUCAAAAGUCAAAUCAGUCUCUUACAAAUCAAAAUAAAGUCUUACAUGAAUUUUAAUGGUUUUAAUUGGAUAAUUAGAUAAGAAUACGAGUGCAUGAAUUAAUGGAACCUCAUCUUAAACUAUUUCUAGAUUAAAGAUUCGAAUAUGAUACGUAUUUAAUACUUAACUUAUUAAAUUAGCAUUAAUGUUAAGUUAGAAAAACAUCUCCAAAAUUAUGAAGAAUUUAAGUCUCUAUAUUUCUAAAAUGGAAAAAGUCAACCAAUUAUUCAAUAACUUAAAUUAUAGAUAAACGAUUUAGAAUCUCGUUUAGAAAAAUUAUAGCAAACAGAAUAAUUUUCCAUCAUUGAAAUUAAUAAGAAACUUGAUCUAUUCUAAAUUUCAGAAGAUCAACAUAUUUAAUAAUUUAAACUUAUUGAAGAUCACUAAAAUUAAGCUAUUUAGUUAAUAGAGAAUUUUAAAUAGCAAAAUUAAGACUUUAAAUAACUUUUAUUAGAAAAUUUAGAUUAAGUUAAUUAAUAAAAUUAAUUAGCUGUUAAUGAUAUCUAAGAUAAGUUAUUAAAAUUAAAUCAUUAAAUUAGUAAUUAAUAAUCUUAUCAAAACGAUUUUACAUUAAAAAAUUAAAAUAUUUUAGAAGAACUUAAUCUAUUGAAUAACAAAAUAAUUUAAUGCACAUCACAAAAUUCAUAUAAUUAAAAAAAUAUAGAAAUACUUUAAUAGAUAAUUCCAAAAUAUGAUGAAUUGUUAGUUUCUGAUAGAUAUGUCAAUAAUUAAUAAUCUCUUAUGAAAAACAAAUUGUUAUAUUUUGAAAAUUAUUUAGAAAAAUAUUUUCCUUUAUUUUUAUAAGGAACCAUCUCUGAAACCCUUCAUAAUUGUUUGGAAGAUAAUAAUCUCUAUAAAUUAGCUAAAUUUGAAGAGAAUAAAUUUACUCUUUUGCAUUCCGUCAUUUUAAAUGAUUAAGGUAUUCCUAAUCUGGAAAAAAAAAUUAAUGAUAGUACAUAAUAUAUAGAGAAAUAACUUAAAAGAAAUUAAUAAGUAAUUUAGAAUUAUGUCGAGAAAUCUUAAAUCAUAAAAAAUGAUUAAAUUAAGGAUGUAUAAAAUGUUAAGGUUUAAUAAGAAAUAAAAUAACAUGUUUCAGACACAAAAAGUUUGCUUGAAAAAAAUGAGAUCGAACAUUUUAUUGAACAAUAACUUAUUGAAUUAAAAAAAUAGAUAAAUCAAGAAAUUAAUUUUUUUAAAACAAGAGUAGAGUAAGUAGAAAAUAAUUAUAAUAUUUUACAUUAACAAAUGAUUUCAUAAUUUGAAUCAAUUAAAAUAUAAAAUAAUGAAUAGAUUUAAAAAAUUUAACAAUAGUAAUAAGAAUUAAGUGAAUAAUUUGUUCCGAUUCCAUUAUUCAUAAAUGAAAUUAAUGAAAUUUAAUAAUAGUAAUAAUUCAACAUCUAAAAAUUAAAUUAAUUUCUGAUUUUAUAAGCUGAGAUAAAUUCACCUGAAAUUUUAUACAAUGGCAUUAAAUUUUCCUAAGAACAAUGUUAAGAUAUUUUAAAUGAGUUGAUAGAUUAAUUAAAAAAUGAAAACGAUUGCAACUAUUAGGAAUCUCCAAUAAAAAAACUAAAAUAAUAAUUAAAUGUUGAUGAUAAAAGGAGUAUUCGUACAAAAACAACUUCUUAAAGCGGAAUGCGUAAAAGUAUAAAAAGCAUGUAUAGUUCAAGUUAGACAAGGACUACGAUGGAUAAAAGAAAGUUUUAUUUAUUAGGUUCAAAAUUAUAAUAAGAAGUUUGUUAAAGUAUGAAUCUUUCAAUUUUGUAACCAAGAAAAACAAAUUCAAGAAUUCUAUUUUAAAGUAAGUUAUUUGUAAAGGAUUGA